AUGGAUCUUGAACCGCAACCACCAUCUUCUUCCGCUAGCGCCGGGGGCUCGUCCUCCUCGUCAACGGAACUCGUGCACACAGACUACACCCCCAAACUUACACUAGCUGUCCGACAGGCCUUACGGCAAUGGCAGGCUCAGGGACCCUCUGAGCUGCUCACUGACAUCGACUCUCUGAUCGAUGCCGCCUUUGCGAUUCAUCAGGCAGUGUUUCGAGUCGUCGGCCGUGCCGAGCUGUCGACCCGAAAGAACACUGACCUGGACGAUCUCCACAAACAACGUCUUCUAGGAAAUCGUGGUGCGGCAAGGGUGUUAGCCAGCCGGCACCUUCCCGUCUCAUGGGCGCAAUGGGAGUGA